AUGGCGACAUCGACAUCGCGCUACACGAACGCGGAAUGGGAAGCGCUAACCCUGCAAACGCAGCGCGCCAUCGCGGGCGCUGAGACGAAGCAGCAGCAACAUAACGGCAGCAACGGCAGCAACGGCGCAGAUGUAGGCGUGGACGCGCCGCUGGACAUGGCCGCGCUGGCGAAGACGAUCGACCACACGCUGCUGAAGCUGGAAGCGACGCUGCCGCAGAUAGACGGGCUCUGCGACGAGGCGAGGCGGGAGCGCUUUGCGACCGUGUGCGUGCGCCUCCAGCACGUCGCCCGCGCCAUCUCGAACCUCAAGGGCUCGGGCGUGGGCGUCGCCUGCGUCGUCGGCUUCCACGAAGGCACCUACGACACGAACAUCAAGCUUGUCGAAGCGCAAGAAGCGGUCCGCCUCGGCGCCACAGAGCUAGACAUCGUAAUCAACCACCCGCAACUCAUCGCGCACACCUACGAGCCCAUCUACAAAGAGCUGGCCGCGCUGCGCACCGCCCUGCCGGCACCCACAACACUCAAGCUCAUCCUCGAAACCUCGCAGCUCAGCCCCCUGGACAUCAUAGCCGGGACCUGCCUGGCCGCGGCCGCGCGCCUCGACUGCGUCAAGACGAGCACGGGGUUCUGCGGGCGCGGCGCCAGCGUCGCCGACGUGCGGCUCAUGGCCGCGGCGGUCGACGCGCUGGCCGUGUCUGGUGCCGCUGGGAUGUUUGUCAAGGCGUCGGGGGGCGUGAGGGGGUUGGGCGAUGCGAGGACCAUGCUGGCUGCGGGCGCGGAGAGGAUUGGCACCAGUUCCGGCGUGUGGAUUAUGCAGGAGGCGAGGGCGGUGGAGGCGGGGGAGGCGGGGCUGGGUGCUGAGAGGCCGGCGGCUACGAGGCUGUAUACCGAUAAUAGUAUUGGUGGGUAUUAG